AUGGUGGAGAACUGGAUCCUUCAACACAACCAAACAGAGAGAAAAUGUGUCAUUGGAGAGUUGGCCAUCACUAGUACUUCAUUUAUUGGGCCUGUGUGUCGCCCGGAGCCAUCCAUCGAGCAGGAGCUUUGUGAAUUUUACAAAGAGCUUGAGGAAGUUGAUAAGGUUGACAUCAAUGCGGACACCAAAACGGUUGAACAGCAUGACCGCCAUCCUUCCAGCAAGCCCGAAAGCGAUCAACCAAACAGUACAGACAUUCUUGUUGUAACUGAUCACGGCAGAGUCUACAGACCUUACCCAGAUCCACAUGAACGCAACCAAAAAAUUCCAAAAAGAUGGAGACCUUGCUUACAGUGUAAAUGGAUUUUGGUAGGAUAUCCAGAGCUGUGGUAUCCUCCUCCACCAUGGGUUCCUCCAGACCCAAGGGUACACUUCUUCCCUCCCCCAACCUCUGGAGGUGCUAUCAUGUAUCCUCCAGACAUGAGACCUCAGGAGAACGUCUUCCACAGUUUUCAUGCCAACAACAACAGCUGGGGUCCAUGGGAAGAACCACCAUUACCUUUGAACAGGUGGCAUGAACAAAACAGGGUUUUCCAAUCACAUGAGCAUCCUGGAUUCUCUGAGGAAUAUCAAACAUCUUCAGCACACUGGCAGCAGCAUUAUCACGUAAAAGACCAACAUCAGCAUUAUAAUAACACUGCUUUGGUGCUAAUAUUGUUGAGGGGAGUCCCAGGAUCUGGAAAAUCCACUUUGGCCAAAGAGAUCCUGUCCACUGGUCCCAAUAGAGUAAUACUGAGCACAGAUGACUACUUUUUCCAAGACAACAGAUAUGAAUUUGAUUCUGCUCUGCUUAGUGAUGCGCACGACUGGAACCAGAAGAGAGCCGAGCAGGCGAUGUUAGAGGGCCGCUCGCCCGUUAUCAUCGACAACACUAAUGUUAAAGCCUGGGAAAUUAAGUCUUAUGUUCAAAUGGCUUUAGACAACGGAUACAGAGUGGACUUUCUUGAGCCAGAUACCCGCUGGAAAUAUGAUCCUGCCCAGUUAGAAAAGAGGAACAAGCACGGAGUCCCUCGAGAAACAACAGCAAAGAUGCUGGAUGGGAAUGUUGACAUUGUGAUGAAUUCUGUGGUGCCUCGCCAUAAAAAGAAAGGCUAUUAA